AUGACUUGCAGAAAAAUAAAGGGCAAAGACGACUUAGGUGAAGAAGGAAAAUCAAAUUGUCAAGUGAUUUGCUGCGGUGGACGUGCACCUGUAAACAGAGAAGAAGCUGAAAGUUUUGUUGACAAAUUUCCGCGUUGGUUCGUUCCAAAAAUUGUCUUGUCAUUGCCUUGCAAGAUUAUUAUAAUGAUUCUGUUUAUACCAUACAUUGCUGCAGCAGUGUAUGGGUGUAUACAUCUAAAACAAGGAAUGCCGUUUACGCAGUUAGUGAGCGACGAUUCAUAUUUCUACAAGUACUCUGACUGGAACGAAAAGUACUUCAGUCGUCAAAAUAUCAUCACGUUUGUUAUUCCUAGACAGUAUGACUAUUCUACUGCGGAAACACAGUUGAUGGUGGAUGACCUGAUUGCAAGUGCACACUCGAAUAAUUACUUCGACAACAGUUUUGAAGUUAACUGGCUUAAAUCUUACAAAGAUUCAACGUACUACAAUGGUGCAUCAAGCCUGGGCUUUUAUUCUGGUCUCCAACAAUUUUUAAGAGAUCCACAGAAUAUGGUAUUUUUUAAUGACUUGGUUAUAGAUUUGAAUAAUACUGAUGGAAUUAUUCUAGCAUCUCGGGUGUAUGUUCGUUCAAACAGUUUGAAUAAUAGCAAAGAAGAAGGCGAAAUGAUGCUUGAAUCACGUACAAUUGCCAGUGCUGCAGCGAUUGACUGUUUCCCGUAUUCACCAGCUUUUAUUGUUGCCGAAUUGUAUGUGCGUGUAUUGCGAUUAACAGCUCAGUGUGUUGGUAUUGCAUUAGCGUCAGUGUUUGUUAUUACAUGUAUUUUCAUGCCACACCCUGUACUGAUAUUGUAUGUCACAGUAGCUGUAGCAUCAAUUAUGGCUGGAGUUAUAGGUUUUAUGUAUUAUUUGGAUGUCUCACUGAGUGCAAUCUCAAUGGUAAUGUUAAUCAUGAGCAUCGGCUUCUCUGUAGAUUUCACUGCCCAUAUUUGCCAUGGUUACAUGAUGUCUGAUGGGGAAACACGUGCUGUAAGAGUGAGAAAAGCUAUAGACAAAACAGGUGCUCCAAUUUUCCAUGGGGCAGUUUCAUCUAUCAUUGGUAUACUGGUCCUUACUGGAGCAAAGUCGUAUAUUUUUAGAUCAUUUGCUGCCGUUAUGUCUAUGGUUUUGGUGUUCGGCAUUCUGCAUGCGUUGUUUCUACUUCCGGUGAUAUUGUCAUUGAUCGGGCCAGAGUGGAUGAAUACAGAGGAUAAGGUGAAGAAAUCCGAAAUGAUAACAAUGACAAAUUCAGCUGAAAGUGAUGAAAAAGGUGAAGACCUAUGA